GUGUUGUGGAGGUCCACUGUCAAAAGUGUUGUGGAGGUCCACUGUCAAAAGUGUUGUGGAGGUCCACUGUCAAAAGUGUUGAGGAGGUCCACUGUCAAAAGUGUUGAGGAGGUCCACUGUCAAAAGUGUUGUGGAGGUCCACUGUCAAAAGUGUUGUGGAGGUCCUCUGUCAAAAGUGUUGUGGAGGUCCACUGUCAAAAGUGUUGUGGAGGUCCACUGUCAAAAGUGUUGUGGAGGUCCACUGUCAAAAGUGUUGAGGAGGUCCACUGUCAAAAGUGUUGUGGAGGUCCACUGUCAAAAGUGUUGUGGAGGUCCACUGUCAAAAGUGUUGAGGAGGUCCACUGUCAAAAGUGUUGUGGAGGUCCACUGUCAAAAGUGUUGUGGAGGUCCACUGUCAAAAGUGUUGAGGAGGUCCACUGUCAAAAGUGUUGUGGAGGUCCACUGUCAAAAGUGUUGAGGAGGUCCACUGUCAAAAGUGUUGUGGAGGUCCACUGUCAAAAGUGUUGUGGAGGUCCACUGUCAAAAGUGUUGAGGAGGUCCACUGUCAAAAGUGUUGAGGAGGUCCACUGUCAAAAGUGUUGUGGAGGUCCACUGUCAAAAGUGUUGUGGAGGUCCACUGUCAAAAGUGUUGAGGAGGUCCAUUGUCAAAAGUGCUAUCUAUGGAAAAGACCUACUGAAACUGCUGGUAAACAAAGAGAUUCUAUGCUGCCCAUUCAUUUGAAAUAUGUCUGCCAAUAUUGUCAAAAGCCUUUCGGUAACGGAUACUCUCUAAAAGUACAUGUGAGAAUUCAUACUGGAGAGAAACCGUUCAAGUGUGAUGUAUGCGGGUUCAGUACAACAACUAAAGGAAACCUGAAGUCACAUACCUUGACUCAUAUGAAAUCUGACAGCUAG